ACUAAAGCCCCUGGGCUAAACCGCGCUGUGAUGCUGAGCGCGUGCAACUGUGGGGACGAAGCCGUCCUGCCCCGGUCCCCACGGAAAGACUCCCUUCUAGAACCCCGGUUCCCGCGGCAGUAGCACCGCAAUCUCUUCCGGACCGACCGCUUCCGAGUGCGCCCAGGCAGCGGAGCCGAGUGGGUAACGAGCAGCCCCACCCGAGGCCACUUCCGGCGUCAGCGGCUGACGCGAUACAGAAGAACAGGCCGUGCGGCCAAUGGGCGGAGGCGGAGGCGGGACGGCCGGGCUGGUCGCGAGGAGCCGCCCUCCGGGAAGGGCCCGAAAAAGAAUCGGCGGCACAAAAUGGCGGCGGCGGCGGCCGGGGCUUCGGUGCUGGCGGCCCCCGCGUUGGCGGCCGGGGCUUCCGGCUCGGGGGGAGCCACCCCAGGGUCGCAGGGGGUGCUGAUCGGUGACAGGCUCUACUCGGGCGUGCUCAUCACCCUGGAGAACUGCCUGCUGCCCGACGACAAGCUGCGCUUCACGCCAUCCAUGUCGAGCGGUCUCGACAGCGACACGGAGACCGGCCUCCGCGUGGUGGGCUGCGAGCUCAUCCAGGCAGCCGGCAUCCUGCUCCGCCUGCCGCAGGUGGCCAUGGCUACAGGGCAGGUGUUGUUCCAGCGGUUCUUUUACACGAAGUCCUUCGUGAAACAUUCCAUGGAGUUUUUAACGCCCCGGAAGGUCCUCAGGUUGGGGAAAACACCCGUGUCCCAAUGUACGUUUCAGCAUGUGUCCAUGGCUUGUGUUCACCUGGCUUCUAAAAUAGAAGAGGCUCCAAGACGAAUCAGGGAUGUCAUCAAUGUAUUCCAUCGCCUUCGGCAUCUCAGAGAGAAAAAGAAACCUGUGCCUCUGGUGCUGGAUCAAGAGUAUGUUAAUUUAAAAAACCAGAUUAUAAAGGCAGAGAGACGCGUUCUCAAGGAGCUGGGCUUCUGUGUCCAUGUGAAGCAUCCUCACAAGAUAAUCGUUAUGUACCUUCAGGUGUUAGAGUGUGAGCGUAACCAACACCUGGUCCAGACUGCAUGGAACUACAUGAAUGACAGCCUUCGCACAGAUGUCUUCGUGCGGUUCCAGCCUGAGAGCAUUGCUUGUGCCUGUAUCUACCUCGCUGCCCGGACACUGGAGAUCCCCUUACCCAAUCGUCCACAUUGGUUUCUUUUGUUUGGAGCAACUGAAGAAGAAAUUCAAGAAAUCUGCUUUAAAAUCCUGCAGCUUUAUACACGGAAAAAGGUUGAUUUGACACACCUAGAAAGUGAGGUGGAGAAGAGAAAGCAUGCCAUCGAAGAGGCCAAGGCACGAGCGAGGGGGCUGCUACCAGGGAGUGCUCCAGUUCUGGACAGUGCUGCAGGUUUCUCACCUGCUUCCAAGCUGGGUUCAGUAGAAUCCCCUAAAGAAGGUAAAGGAAACAAGUCUUCCCCUCUCUCUGUGAAGAACGCCAAACGGAAAGUGGAGGGCCCAAAGAAAGCCAAGGCAGACAGCCCUGUGAAUGGCUUGCCCAAAGGGCACGAGAGUCGCAGUCAAAGCAGGAGCCGUGAACAGAGCUACUCAAGAUCCCCGUCCCGGUCUGCUUCUCCAAAGAGAAGGAAAAGUGACAGUGGCUCUACCUCGGGUGGGUCCAAGUCACAGAGUCGUUCUCGGAGCCGCAGUGACUCUCCUCCAAGGCAGGCGCACCGUGGUGCUCCCUACAAAGGCUCAGAAGUGAGGGCCUCCCGGAAAGCAAAGGAUUGCAAGUACCUCACCCAGAAGCCACACAAGUCUCGUAGCCGGAGCUCCUCUCGUUCUCGAAGCCGGUCACGAGAGCGGACAGACAAUUCUGGAAAAUUCAAGAAGAAAAGUCAUUACUACAGAGAUCAGAGACGGGAGCGCUCAAGGUCCUACGAGCGCACAGGCCAUCGCUAUGAGCGGGACCACCCUGGACACAGCAGACACCGGAGGUGAGAUGGAUUUCCUGGUGGUUGCCCUGGUCCCUCCCUGUUGGGCACACCUUGGCUUCAGUGGCCUUGUCGCAUGAAGUUUUUUGGAAGUGUUUUCAAUUGGACCUUGAGGUGAAUUUAACUGAUAGGACGGCGAACAAGGUGCCCUUGAGGCUGGCCUGGGGAGUGCUGCACGCCUGUCUGUCCCAGUUGAAGGUGCACCUCAGCUGCAGAUCUUCAGGUAACUGGAUGAAACAGCAGAGGCACUCGUCCCCAUUGGUGUGGCUUGGUGCUAUUGAUGAGCUGUCGCUUCACUCCUAAACCGAUACUCAAUUACGUAAAGCCAAGAAAGAUGAUUUUUCACAUGUUUGCCUAUAUUAGGUUAUACUUGUGUACAUACUUUCCAGUGUUUCACAAUGAGGAAAUGGCCUUAAUAGCCCCUUAUUCUCUAUUCGCGUUGUAAAUAAACAUGUGCUUAAUACAAGUGAAAGCUAUAUAUGAAAACUCAGAAUUUGAAUUCUGUUAGCUUAACACUUGUAUAGAGAAUUCUGAUUUUUAAAAUGUGAAGGUAUUUAGGUCUGUGUUGAAAGUCUUAUAUUUUUAUCUGUGCAGUGCUGAGUGCAGGCCACCAGCUCUAGAGAAAUUUUAUGAGGUUGAAUAAACAAUUCUCAGGACACUUGGGGUGUAA